AUGGCUGGUGGAACGAGUCUUUGGGUCAGCAAAGAGGCCAGAACAGACCCCAGGGAGAUCUUUAAUCUUCGUCAUCUAUAUCUAAUGGUAACACUCGCCUGGGCCGGGUGUUUCUACGGCUUUGAUACGGGCAAUAUUGGGGGUAUUCUGACCCUGCCCUCGUUCGAGACUGCCUUCGGUCUGAUUGAUCUGCCUCAGAAGGAGUAUGAUGAUCGUAAAGGAACAAUCGCAGCCAUGGUCGCAGCUGGCGGCGCCGGUGGCUCUCUCCUCGCAGCGCCGACGUCUGACGUCCUCGGCCGUAAGUGGUCUGUAUUUCUCUGGGGCCUGGUCUUCAUGCUCGGCGCUGCGUUGCAGAUGGUCCCCAACUACGAUAUUCUUCUCGCAGGCCGAUUCAUCGGGGGUCUUGGUGUCGGUGCAAGCUCCAUGCUCAGCCCUCAAUUCUUAGCCGAGAACUCUCCAAAGAGCGUUCGUGGCUCGAUGACGGCGACAUAUAACCUCAUGAUUGUCACGUCCUUGAUGCUGGCGUUCUGGUGGAGGACGGCGAUGAGUAUCCAGCUUAUUCCAGGUGGACUUAUGGUGCUCAUGAUCCCUUUUGUCCCGGAGACGCCCAGGUACCUCAUCAAUCAUGGAAAGGCAGAACAGGGCGUGAAAAAUCUCUGUCAAUUGAGAAAACUGCCCCCCGAUCAUCCGUACAUUCAGCUGGAGUUUCACGAAAUCCAGGCACAGGUGCAGUUCGAGCAGGAGACAUUCCAGGGCCACAGCUACUGGGUCGUCUUGAAGGAUAUUUUUGGAAACAGGAGCAAUCUGCAGCGUUUCGUUCUCGCCCUGCUCCUGUUCAUCUUCCAUAAGCUAACGGGGACAGAUUCCCUGAAUUACUACGCACCGCAAAUAUUCGAACUCAUCGGUGUCAAGGACAACUCCUCCUUGUUAACUACCGGUGUCUACGGUGCCGUCAAAGUAGCGGCAACGAUCUUCUAUGUCACAUAUCUAGUAGACCGCGUCGGCCGUCGUCUCCCUCUACUGAUGGGAGCAACCAUUCAGGCUACAGCCAUGCUCUAUCUAGCCCUUUACCUUCGCUUCGCUGGAACAGACAACACGGAUAUGGGCGGCACGCCGGCCGGUGGUAUCGUCGGCAUAAUCUGGAUCUACCUGUAUGCCUUUGGUUGGUCCUUCGGUCACAGCGUUGCUUGCUACAUUGUAGCUGCGGAGAUCUUCCCAACGCGAAUCCGCUCGGCCUGCAUGGGCUUUUGCUUCUUCACCAAUUGGAUAAUCGAUUACGGUAUCACGCGGGCGACACCAAAUAUGCUGACGAAUAUGGGUUAUGGGGCCUUUCUGCUAUAUGCUCUUUUGACGUACCUCGGAGUGGUAUUUAUCUUCUUCUGCCUUCCCGAGUUGAAGGGGCGGUCGAUUGAGAGUAUGGAUGAUUUGUUCCAGCGGCCCCUGUGGACACUGUGGCGGCAUGCGUAUCCAACGGCCGAGGAGACGGUUAGGCAUGGAGUACGGGAAGCCAAACGGGAAGAACAGAAGCAGAGUCAUAAUUAG